UUGUCUGCUUGUUUACUCAGUUAGGAAACAGAAUCGCAAUCAAAGCUCAUUUUGAUACAAGAAUCCAAUACUGAGUGUGGUUUAUUUUCUUGAACUACUUGCGCUCGAAAUCAGCGCUUGUUCAGCACGGAGACUAGCGGAAUGCCUCCGCAAUGAUCAACAUGAAAGAGAGCCUGAAUCACACGAGGGAAAAGACUGAUGUGGGUACGGAGGAUGCCAUUGCGCUGUUCAUCGUAAAAGAACACUUUGAAAAAUUAAUGAUGGAAAACUUAACAAAUAUUCCAGCCAACCUAUCGGGAACGCGUGACAAUUCCUCUGUUCCAAUUGAAUGUACGGACAUUUUCUGUCGCCCUGACGAAGAGUACCUGGACUAUUUGGAGGACUAUGUUUUUCCGGACGACUGGGAGUGGGGCAUCAUCAUACUGUACGCCAUAACCUUCAUAGUGGGACUCUCUGGAAAUGUACUAGUCUGUUUCGCGGUGUGGAGAAAUAGGUCCAUGCGAACAGUGACAAACAUUUUCAUCGUGAAUUUGGCGAUUGCUGAUCUGGCGGUGAUCAUCAUUUGCCUACCGCCGACACUUCUGAGUGAUGUCACCGAAACUUGGUAUUUUGGAUUUGCUAUGUGCAAAAUAGCACUGUUCUUGCAGACGACGUCUGUUGCUGUGUCGGUUUUUACAUUGAGUGCCAUCUCCGUAGAGCGCUGGUACGCUAUCUGCUAUCCGCUUCGCUUCAAAAGCACCAAAAGGAGGGCCAAAAUUAUCAUUCUCGUUAUAUGGAUCAUUGCAUUUCUGUUGGCUUUACCCGAAGUGAUCGUCGCAGACUUGACACGCUUUGUAAAGCGUCAGUACAUAGACUUACUGAUCUUUUGUGGACCUCAGUGGUCAGACAAAACGAACCAGGUGGUAUACCAAUCAGUCAUUAUUGUACUGAUGUACCUACUUCCGUUAGUAUUGAUGACUGUCACCUACAGCAUGAUUGCAGUAGUCUUGUGGACUGGUAAAAUUCCAGGUGCUAUAGAGUCAGCCAAUAGACCUAUGAUGGAUGGAAAUGUCAACAGGGCGGAGGAACAACUUGAGUCGAGGAAAAAAGCUGCCAAGAUGCUCAUCACAGUUGUAAUUGGGUUUGCUGUCUGUUAUUUCCCUGUUCACCUGUUUAAUAUUCUCAGAUAUGCAGAUGCUCUGAGAUUCGUAGCCCCAAGAAUGAUACAGGUUUUAUCGAUGAUUUCACAUUGGUUGCCAUACCUCAACAGUUCUAUAAACCCAAUUAUCUAUAACUUCAUGAGCGCCAAAUUUAGAAAAGAAUUUACUGCUGCUUGCUGUUGCACCAAGAGAAGGAGGGCGUUUAGCGUGCACUACAAAAGCGGAGUAUCCACGUUCAGUUGUGCGUCGCAAUAUACACACCGCCACAAUAGCAACUCGUGCACAGAGCAAGUACUGUUAUCCACAUAUCCCGACCAUUAACGUGCAGAUCUUAAUCCAAGUGUUUAUAUACAAAGACAAAAACACUGAUACAAAAUUAAUGUUAUAUAUAAAGUACAGUAUAGAAAUGUUUUGUGUAUAUACGUAAAUUUAUGAGGAAUUGUGAAUUGUGUGUGAUGUCAGUCAUCUGAAUUUAUAUGUGUAUUGUUUGACAUGUGUAUAUAUUAAACGUAGUUAUUUGGAAAA